CGGCCUUUCUCUUUUUUCUUCUUCUUCCCUUGCCAGUUUUGCUCUCUUCUCUUUUUGGUUCAAGCUCCAUUCAUCAGUGUUGCUUCGCCAUAUUUGGAAGUAAUAACAAAGUUGUGAAUCUCUGACCAACCAGCCAGCCAUCUUAUACACUCACUCGAGUGUCAUACACCCGACACGAAACAAAACACAACAUGAACACACUUGUCACGGGCGCCGCUUUCGGCGCGGCCCUUACGGCCUCGGGCGUCUACCAGCCCUCCGUCAUCGUUUCUCAACUCAAGUUUGAGAACUGGCACAUGAUCCAAGCUUUCCUCACUGCGGCCGCCAGCUCUGCCGCCCUAGUCCACCUCCUCCAAACCAUCUCCCCCACCACCUUCCCCCUUUCCCCACGCUCCUACUCCUCCAUCUCCCUCUUCUCCCGCUACGACGGCAACCUCCUCGGCGGCAUCCUUCUCGGCACCGGCAUGAUGCUCUCGGGCGCCUGCCCCGGCACCGUCCUCGCCCAAAUCGGCACCGGCGUCCGUUCGGGUUUCUACGCUCUCGAAGGCGGCAUCAUCGGCGGCAUUGUCUUUACCGGCUUUGUGGGGCCCUGGAUCGCCAAGCGUAACGCGGCUGCCAAGGCCGAAGCCGCAGCCAAGGCGAGUGGAAAGGGAGAGGAAAGCAAGGAACUGACCAAGACUGUUUAUGAGAAUCUGGGUGUGUCCAGGUCGAGUGUUUUGGUGGCGUUUGAGACGAUUUGCGCGAGCGUGGUGGUUUCUACUGCGUUGUGGACGAGCGUGGGACCCGAGGCCAAGAUCUCGCCUGUUGUGGGUGGAUUGUGCAUUGCUGGCGCGCAACUGCUGAGUUUGUUGUUAAGGAAGAACUUGGUGGGCACUUCGACGAGUUUUGAGGAGGUGGGCGACUGGUUCUGGGGUAUCUUCAAGGGCAAGACGCUGCCGCAGAGGUAUAACAACUUGUUGUUUGUCAGCGGCUGCGUGUUGGGUGCGAAGCUGUUGACGGUUGCGUACCCUGCUCUGGGCCAGGUCACCGAGGUUGCCGUGUCGCCUGUUGCCGCGGGAUUGGGUGGUUUCUUGAUGAUCAUCGGUUCGCGGAUGGCGGGCGGUUGCACUUCUGGUCAUGGUAUCAGCGGUAUUUCGCUCCUGUCCACGUCAAGCUUCUUGACCAUUGGAGCAGCUUUCGGUGCUGGUGCGUUGCUUGGCUUGUUGAGGGGCUGAGCUGGUGUUGGUGGGAAAGCACGAGGAGAAACACUCCCUUUUUCAGAGGUUACACCGACUACCAUCGUGCAUUGCACAUAUCACCGAUGGAUGUCGGAAUCACUCAUUUCAACCUUCAACAUUCAGAGUUCUUGUACAUAUUGCAGUACAACAAGACUUCAAACUUAGCAUGAGAUACCCGCCUUCAUAUGGAAUACCAUUAUUACCACAGAACACCAUGAAAC